AUGUUCUCGUGCGAUCAAUGUGAAAAAGUGUAUACGUCGGUUAAAAAUGUAGUGCGACACAAGAAAGCAGUACAUUACGUUAGUGCUGCAGGACCGUCUUCGUCGGCAAACAAAAGACCUAUUACUACUAUUAAUGCCUCUACUAGUAGUAGCAAUAACGAUAAUUCUAAAAAAAGCAAGCGUAUGAAAAUAUCACGGUUAAGGAGCAUAUCAGAGGUUGGGGAUGAGUUGGCCUCAACGCUCAGGAAUUGUGUUCUGGAAUCUCCUAUUAAAUUCAAUCUGAAGUUGGAGGCGACCUAUAAUAUUCCACACCAGGAGAAUAGUGAAGAAAAUAGGUCGUUUAAAACUGGAGCAAAGGAGAUAUUCCAGGACACAAAUAUUGAGGACGAAAUUGACAAUGCAUUUCGAACAUUACUCACCGAGGAAGAAGAGUACACGGGGCGGGGUUUCAACUUUAUACCCAAAUUACACAAGCCGCACGGGCGAGAAGCACUCCUACAGCAUAAGAAAAUCUGUGGUGAGUACAAGCCUGUAUUACCAAUAAUGCCAGAGGAGGGUACAAAGUUGAAAUUCGAAGCAUGGCAAAAAACCCAAAAAGUUCCGUUUGCAAUUUAUGCCGAUUUUGAGAGCUUGCUGGUGAAGUCCGACAAAACUAUAGGCGCCAACACAGAGGUACUUCAUGAACAUGUCGCAAUGAGCUAUGCGUUCAUCGUUAAAGUAUCAGAUGAGGUACCUCAAGAACUGUUGGAUAUGUACAACAUUCGGAGGUCAAUAGUUUUGCACAGAGGCAGCAGGUUAUCGGAACCCGACGAAGUGGCGAAACGAUUUGUGGCUGACAUAAGCGAGGAGGCAAUGAAAAUUAGCGAGCUUUUAAAAAAUACUAAUGUGCCUUUAAUAAUGAGUGAACAAGAGGUUGCUGCUCAUACUGCGAACACAGCAUGUGAGUUUUGCAAGACGCAGUAUUCAGAGAACAACCUCAAAACAGCCGACCACGACCAUCUGACAGGGAAAUUUAGACGGACCCUAUGCAAUAAAUGCAACUUAAAGCUCGUGACAACAAAGUAUGUACCGUGUUUUAUGCAUAACAUGAGCGGUUAUGACGCUCAUUAUAUCAUCCGGCAAUUAGGAAAUGACAGCAAACGGAUAACGGUGAUACCAAACACGGAGGAGAAGUAUAUUUCGUUCUCAAAGUUCGUUACGAACACUUUCUCCGUCCGUUUUGUCGAUACUUUCCGUUUUAUGGCCGCAAGUUUAGCCUCCCUCUCGGAUAAUUUGCGCACAUCAAACAUAGGGUUGUUCCAUGAGACGGCAAAAGAGUUUGCUGGCUUCGAUAUUAAUUUGGUGACACGAAAAGGCGUUUAUCCAUACUCUUAUACUUCUGAUUGGGAUAAGUUGGAAGAAAGGAAACUCCCGGACAAAAAAGAGUUCUUUAAUGAUCUCAGCGAAUCCCACAUCAGUCAAGAAGACUAUGAUCAUGCAUUAAAAGUAUGGAAGCAGUUUCGUUGUCAAACACUGGGCGAGUAUUCGGAUGUAUACUUAAAAAUAGACACCCUAAUGCUCUGCGAUGUAUUCGAAGCGUUUAGGAACCUUUGUAUGCAUACAUACAACUUAGAUGCCGCUCACUACUUUACAAGCCCAGGUCUGAGCUUCGAUGCCAUGCUACUCUGCACAGGUGUCUCGUUGGAAUUACUCAGUGAUUAUGAGAUGAACCUUAUGUUUGAACGUGGUAUCCGUGGUGGAUUAACCCAGUCGACAUUAAAAUAUGCGAAAGCUAAUAACCCGAAAGCACCUAAUUACGACCCGAAGCUCCCAGACACAUGGAUAAUGUACCAAGAUGUUAACAACUUGUAUGGGUGGGCUUUAUCUCAAUUCAUGCCAUUUGGAGGCUUUAAAUGGGUGACAGAAGAUCCUAAUGAGACUCUUCAAAGACUAGAUGGUAUGGAUGAGCAUUCCUCAACAGGACUAGUUUUUGAGGUUGACAUCUCAUACCCGGAGAGCCUCCACGAUGCACAUAACGAGCUUCCAUUUUUGCCAGAAACUAAAUGCCCGCCCAAUUCAAGAGUGAAAAAGUUGUUAACAACUUUUGAAAAGAAAGAAAAUUAUGUAGUACAUUAUUUAAACUUGAAACAGGCGAUUGCUAAUGGGCUUCGGGUAGAAAAGGUGCAUAGGGUCUUAGAAUUCCAGCAGUCUGCGUGGUUAUCCGUGUAUAUAGAGCUUAAUACAAAAUUGCGACAGGGGGCGGCAAACGACUUCGAAAAAGAUUUUUUCAAGCUUAUGAAUAACUCUGUGUUUGGUAAAUAA